AUGACGCGAGACUUUACCACUUUGGCGGAUGCGGCAGCCGCGGAAGCCACCGUGUGUGUGCAAGAUGGGACCUACAUCAAAACAGUGGUGCAAGCACGGUUUCCACAGGCGAAUUACACACUGUGUCCCUCACUGGAAGAUUGUUUUCAAGCGCUCCAGAACGAGGAAUGCGUGCUCUACGUCGACGACGAACUGGCAUUGCGAUACCGUGCUGCUGUGGAUCCAUCUCUAGAGCUCACUCGAGAACAGUUCAAUUCGCAAUAUCUCAUGUGGCCCAUGCGAGAAGACCUGCCGCCACUUGUGGCCAAGUUGAUCAAGAAAUGGAUGUAUCGAGCCAUUGGGAAUGCCACCAUGGACCAACUCUACAAGACGUACUUUGAAAAACACACGUGUCAACAUGGGACUGCCGGGGAACACUGUGAACUCCCCUGUGACCCGGACCAUGGCACGGCCGAUGGCACGGGGGCGUGCAUUUGUCAUUCGACCAAAUGGACCGGGUUCGACUGCUCCAUGGAAGUACCCGAAGAGCUCAACCUCAUUCCAGUGUCACUCGUGAGGACGGGCUAUGCCUUGGCGGGGAUCAACGUUUGUCUCGUCCUAUUCUGCGCCGUCUGGUUGUGCUGGCAACGACGGAGAGCACAAGUGCAAAUGGCACAGCCCUCGUUCCUCAGUCUAAUCCUCCUUGGAUGCCUGAUAUCUACUUCUACAAUCAUUGACAUGGCACAACAAGAUGCCGGAGAUGGACCUGUCUAUGCUUGCAUGGCAAUUCCAUGGGGAUACAGUGUGGGCUUUUGCAUUACCUUUGGAGCGCUCUUUGCCCGCAUCCGCAAAGUCUACAUUCUCGUCAAGUCAGCCGCCCAAAUGAAGCGAGUCCGAGUGUCCGUCAUGGAAACGUUGCAGAUUGUCGGAGGAGUUCUUCUCAUUGAUGUGUCCAUUCUGGUCGUGUGGAGUGCCGUGGAUCCUCUCCGCUGGAACCGGCAAGUCAUUAGUGAAGAUCAAUUUGGUAAUGCACUCGAGAGCGUGGGGAGUUGUGGUUCUGAGCAUUGGGCCAUCUUUGCGGGGAUCAUUGCCGUGUUUCAUCUGCUCCUCAUGUCGGGGGCAUGCUACAUGUGCUUUGUCUCGCGCAAGAUUCCCGAUCGAGUGUCCAAUGGCAAGUUUGUGGGCAUCGCAAUGGUUUCCAACUUUCAGAUUCUGCUCUGUGCCGCUCCCAUCCUGCUGGUUCUGGGGUCCGACCCAGUCGCCAACUUUGUGGUACGAAGUGUGGCCAUCUUUAUGAAUGAUUUUGUGGUCGUCUGUUUGGUGUUUGGUCCACUCGUGUUCAAGGUCAAGCGAUUUGACCAUCAAACCCGACGUGCCGUGAUCAGAAUAAACAGUCAAGAACCCAUCAACGAUGGAAUCAAACACUAUGCCCAACGAGUGGGACGGAAGAGGACAGAGAAAGAGCGUCGAAGGCUCAUGGAGCAACGAGCCCAAAGAGUAACGGAAAUUACGGUGGUGGAAACAUCAGCGGAGCCCAUGGACCAGUCUUCGGAACAGGCAAGAAGUGAAGAUGGGCUAGGAGGUCAUGCAAUGCCUGAACCCCUGCCUUCGGAGGCACAAGACCUUUCUAUGAAGGUCGAAGAAGAUGCUCUAGCAGAGGAGGAAGAGGAGAUUGUGUUCGAGAGUUUCUCUGCAGAAAGUAUGGAUGAAGGGCUCCUAGACAGUGAUGACGAGGAAGGGAAUGGAAGCCUCUCUUCUUGUCUACAGGAAGAUUCUGACCCAAAGGAGCCUCUUGCAGACUCUGGAGACUGCAUGUACUCGUGCACGGCUGAGUUAGAUGCCUCUUUUGAAAGCGAAUCUUGCAGUGUUCCAUCCAACGAUAUCGAGGAUGGGAGGAACCAUGACGACGAAGUCCAAGAUUCCCGGGAAACUCCAACAGCAAGGGAACCGUAG